CCCUGGCCAGAAUGCCAAUGCCCGGGAGAUCUGCUCCUGGGGGUGGUCAGGGCGGGCAAGGCCCCUGGCUCCGGACCCCUUCUGGCACUUUCUGCCUCUGCCUCGCACUCUUGCUGGACCAGGUGGGCUGGCUACAGGGGCACCCCCAGUGCCUGGACUACAGGCCACCCUUCCGGCCCGCCCUGCACCUCGAGUUCUGUUCCCACUACGAGUCCUUUGGCUGCUGUGACCGGCGCAAGGACCAGCGCAUCGCCGUGCGGUACCACAGCAUCAUGGGCUACUUGGACCCGCAGGGCCAGGAGCUGUGUGGCAGUUACAUCAGAGACAUCCUUUGCCAGGAGUGCUCGCCGUACGCGGCCCACCUCUACGACGCCGAGAACCCUCGGACGCCCCUCCGGAACCUCCCGGGCCUCUGCGCUGACUACUGCUCCGCCUUCCACUCCCACUGUCAUUCUGCCAUCUCCCUGCUGACCGACGACGGUGGCCUCCGGGAGUCCCACGGGAAUGACAGCGCCCACUUCUGCCACCUCCUCAGCCUCCCUGACCAGGACUACUGCUUCCCGAACGUCCUGAGGAACGGCCAUCUCAAUCGCCGCCUGGGCGUGGUGGCCAGGGGCCGCCGGGGCUGCCUGCAGCUCUGCCUGGCCGAGGCGGCCAAUGGGCUGCGGAACCCCGUGUGCAUGGCCCACGCCGGGGACGGCACCCACCGCGCCUUCGUGGCCGAGCAGGUGGGGGUAGUGUGGGUCUACCUGCCCGACGGGAGCCGCCUGGAACGGCCCUUCCUGGACCUCAGGAACGCCGUGCUGACCACUCCGUGGAUCGGGGACGAGAGAGGCUUCCUGGGGCUGGCUUUUCACCCCGAAUUCCGCCAGAACCGCAAGUUCUACAUUUAUUAUUCGUGCCUGGGCCGGGGGAAGGUGGAAAAGGUCCGGAUUAGCCAGAUGAAGGCUUCCCGGGCCGACCCCAACCGUGCCGACCCGGCGUCAGAAAGGGUCAUCCUGGAGAUAGAAGAACCGGCCUCCAACCACAAUGGUGGACAGCUUCUCUUCGGCCUGGACGGCUAUCUGUACAUAUUCACGGGGGACGGAGGACAGGCCGGGGACCCCUUCGGCCAGUUUGGCAACGCUCAGAACAAAAGUUCCCUGCUGGGAAAAGUGUUACGGAUCGAUGUGAACGGGACCGGCGCAGAGGGCAGGCGGUACCGGAUCCCCCCGGACAAUCCCUUUGUCUCUGAGCCAGGAGCCCACCCCGCCAUCUACGCCUAUGGAAUCCGAAACGUGUGGCGCUGUUCCGUGGACCGCGGGGACCCGGUCACGCGCCAGGGCCGAGGCCGGAUAUUCUGUGGGGACGUGGGGCAGAACCGGUUUGAAGAGGUCAACAUCAUUGUUAAAGGCGGAAACUACGGCUGGAGAGCAAAGGAGGGGUUCGAAUGUUACGACGAGAAGCUUUGUCGCAAUGCCUCUUUGGAUGACAUCCUGCCAAUCUUUGCCUACGACCACGAGGUGGGGAAGUCGGUCACCGGAGGCUAUGUCUACCGCGGGUGCGAGUCCCCGAAUCUCAGCGGCCUCUACAUCUUCGGGGACUUCAUGAGUGGUCGGCUUAUGGCUUUGCAGGAAGACAGAAAAACCAGGAAAUGGAAGAAGCAGGAUAUCUGUCUGGGCAACACCGCGUCCUGCGCCUUCCCAGGGCUGGCCAGCACCCAUAGCAAGUUCGUCAUCUCCUUCGCCGAGGACGAGGCCGGAGAGCUCUACUUCCUGGCCACCUCCUACCCAAGUGCCUACGCACCCCACGGAUCCAUUUACAAACUUGUCGACCCAUCAAGGCGAGCCCCCCCGGGCAAGUGCAAGUACAAGCCAGUGCCAGUGGAAACCAAGAGUAAGCGGGUCCCGUUCAGGCCACUCGCCAAGACGGUCUUGGAGUUGCUGAAGGAGCAGUCAGAGAAAGCUGCUAGAAAGUUACCCAACGUGACUUCAGCUUCCCGUCCAGACCCGGCCUCCUCUCGGAAAGGCUCCUCCAAGAAGCCGGCUUCUCCCACAAGAAGCAGGAAGCCGUUUCGAGGUCCUGGGGCAGAGAAGGGAGCCUGAGUGUGGCCCCCGAACCCCCAAGGGAAGAGGAAGAGGAGCCGGAAGCCCCGCAGCGGCCCCGAGAGCCAGUCUGCGUGGUGGGGGCCGGCUGGAAGGAGCCUUCCUUGGCCUGCGGAGGGAGAGCCUCCUCACCACGCAGAACCUGCUGUGUUCAGCGGGGGCCUCUUUAGACACACGGGAAGCAGGGAUGGGGGUGGUCGGGGCCGCGAUGGCGGAGAGAGCUUGGCUUAGGGCCUCCUUGUUUUUCCGAGGGAAUCUUGCUCCUGGAACAGUGCUCCUUGUCUGCUCCUGGCAGGGGGCCAAAUCCCACGUGGCCAGCG